UUGCUGCCUGAUUCUUUAAUAAUAAUAUAUCGUGAUGGAUCACCUACCUCGACUAUCAGAGACUGUCUAUGUAGGACUGUGUCGUGAAGUAGGGAGUCCUACAGAAGUGAGGAUCAGGAGAGAAGUAAAAGACACCGAGGAGGCGGUUAGUAAACCUCUGUACAUCAUGAGAGGAUUUGAUAGAAUGAGGAGUGGAAGCAUACAUGAGGGAUUCAGACUGAGGACUUCUGAUGUUGAUUUUAUGUUAUGGCCUCCAGACCACAAAGUGAUAUGUGAUCUCUCUCAGAUCAGUCUCUACCGUAUUCCACAACACACUGUGAUUCUGAUUCUGAUGGAAUGUGAUAAUGUACCACCAGGAUUUACAAAACUUAAUCUGUUAAGUCAAUCAUGUAAUGCAGAAGUAAUUUCCUCCUGUGUAAUAAAGAAUAACAAUGUAUUCAUUUCAAGUACAUUAUUCAGAGAUUAUCAUUUGGAUUUCGAAAGGACAUGCAAUGUUCCUAUGCCCAAUGUUUUCUCUCAUGGGCCUUGUUCUACCCAUUCCAUAAUGCACGAUUUAGAGAAUGACCAUGCGUUCUGUUUCCAGUCAAAUCACUGGCCUACGUCAGCACUAUCAUGGAUACAGAGAUGUUUCAAAAAGGGCUGGCCAAACCAGAAUGUUAUUUCAGAUAUAUUAAGAGGAGGAUUUCAUGUUGUUCCUAUUGGAAGCACACCUGAAAAUGAACUAGAAUGGAUAAUUUCAUUCUCUCGAGCAGAACAAAACCUCGUUUACUCAAUGAAUCAUUGUCAGUUUUUGUGCUAUGGUCUCUUCAAAAUUUUUUUGAAAGAGGUAAUUAAUUAUCAAACAAAUACACCUAUUCUCUGCUCAUAUUUCAUAAAAACUAUUUUAUUUUGGGUCAUACAGACCAAUACGUCCUUGUCUUGGACACCUGAUAACUUAUUGUCUUGUUUCUUGGAAAGCUUUAAAUUAUUGAUAUGCAUGGUACAUACUGGGGAAUGUCCAAAUUCCGCAAAACAACAUGUUUAGAGUGAAAGUCAC